AGAGAGAGAGAGAGAGAAAUGAAAAGGGAAGAAAAAAGUGGGGAAGGGCCAGCAGAAAAGCAAGAAUAUUUGGGGGAAAAGUUGAAGAGAGUGGGGAAAAGAGGGGGACAAACCACUCCAACACUACCCCCGUGGAGACUACAACUACUAGCGGCUCAUGGUGUGCAAGAUAACAUCAUUGAUGUCUCUCCUUUACAAUUGCCCACUGUUUCUGCUAGAAAACUUGCUGCAACCCUUUGGGAACUUCAUCACUACAAGCUACCACUUUCUAAAAUGCACCAGGGUGUCACCGGUCCGCCUCCCAGAAUCCGCCGCCUUCACCACCACCACCACCAUCUCUACAAGGACAAGGGUCUUGAACUCCCCGAUCCUUCGCCUAAUUCCCCUGACCUGCCUGGAAGUGCAAGCAGUUUGAGGAGGCAUGUUGCUGCAUCAUUGAUGCAACAUCAUCAAUUGAUUGAAAGAAACAGUCAUGCUAUACAACCAGUAUCUCCUGCAAGCUAUGGGAGUUCCAUGGAGGUAGCACGUUAUCACCCUGCUGUUACACCUACCAGUUCUAUAGACUUCAAGGAAAAGAUUGGUGAGACGAGUUAUAGCCUCAAAACAUCUUCAGAACUGCUAAAAGUAUUGAAUCGAAUCUGGAGCCUGGAAGAGCAGCAUGCAUCCAAUAUUUCACUGGUGAAAGCAUUGAAAAAGGAGCUAGACCAUGCACGUGCCAGGAUCAAAGAGUUGGUUCAAGAUCAGCGAGCUGAUCGAUGUGAGAUAGAUGAAUUGAUGAAGCAGAUU